GCGCAAAGUUGCUGGGCGCCGACACCAACUCGAUAAGAUCACGACUUGUUUCAAUAGUGGUCACUUUGCUGCUAAUUACAUAUUGAAACUCUCAAUUAUCAUCGUUUUUGCCCGCUCGUUAUUUUUAUUGGCAAUAUAAACAUCGGCGAUAAGAGCUCAAACACCCACUUCCAUAAUGAACUUCCCAGGCUCUUCAGGCCUCCCCGGCCGGGGUCCGGCGCCGGAUCCGAACGAGGAGCAGAUGAAGAAGUUGAAAUCUUUUGGCGAAUCAUGUGCAGCAAAAACGGUCAUGUCUGGCGUCGCCGGUCUAGGUCUUGGUGCCGUCUUUGGACUUUUCAUGGCUUCGAUGGCAUACGACACACCCUUCCACCACCCGACGCCCGACGCCGCCAAAGCCGCGGCCCCGAAGCCCCCGUACGCCGCCGGCACGGGCAUGGUGCUGCCGCGCGGCAACUACAGCCCGCCGACCAUAACACCGCCGCCCAUGUCGUCGCUGCCGAUGAAGACGCAGAUCGCGGCCGGGUUCCGCGACAUGGGCGCGCGGUCCGUCAGCACGGGAAAGAACUUUGGCAAGGUCGGCGCCAUGUUCUCGGGCAUCGAGUGCGGGAUCGAGGGCCUGCGCGCCAAGAAUGAUGCUGGCAACGGCGUCGCUGCCGGCUGCGUCACGGGUGCCAUCCUCGCCAGGAACGGCGGCCCGCAGGCUGCAGCCAUAGGGUGUGCGGGUUUUGCGGCUUUUAGUGCCGCUAUUGAAAUGUGGUUGAGGAGUCCCAAGGAUGAAUGAUGGGCUUUUCUUUUUCUUUUUUAGCCUGUUGGCGGGGGAGUGUUGCAGCGGACUCCCUGGAGACUUGGUGUUGACGACGCAGAGGAGAGGAGGAGGGCUUCCACGUCAUGGCUUAGGGCCGUGUUCUUGCAUCGCAUCGGCGUUUUUCUGUUUUGGUCUGGGGAUUUGAAAAUGAUCUUGAGGGAGGGACCUUCAUUCCUUGCUUGGGAUGGAUGAUAGAUAUAGAGGCUGUAUUUCUAUUUGGGCAUAUACAUCUCCACUUGGGCCCCGGAAAGUUUCGAGGGCAUUUGUACAAAGUAAUGUACUAUUAUAAUAUAGAAGUUUCAAAACGAGGAUUGGAGAUGAAGAAAUAUUAA